AUGCCAUACACUGAAGAAGGAGCUAUGGUAGGAAAUAUAACAGUUGAUGUAUUGAUAUUAGCAGCUAAAAAGACAGCUGAAAGCAAACCUGUUACCAUUGUAUACACUUCAGGCAUAGGGCUAAAUGGCAACACUGCUGAAAUUAUUGAUGAAAAUCAUGACGAUAUUUCUCACUGCCCAGAAUCUGCAGCUCCAAGAGGGAUAUUGGAGAAAAAAGUCAUUAAUGCUAGCACUGAAAAUCUUCAUGGCGUAGCUUUAAGGGUAGGUUGGGUUUAUGGGAAAAGCUUUGUAGACCAAUGGCUUAAAUUCUGCAAAGUCAACAACUAUAUUUAUAUUGGUGGCGAUAGAGAAGAUUCUCAUAUAUGUUUUAUACAUCAUGAAGAUUUGGCGAAUAUGUACAGAGUUCUUAUAGAGAAAAAGGCUUAUGGACUAUUUUUUGCAGUGGAGCCAGAACCCGUGACCCUUCAAAAUUUGAUUGAAAGAGUGUCAACACUUGGAAACAUUCAUGAAACAGAAAAAGUUAAUCCGUGGGAGCAUUUUUUAGGACCAUAUGGGCUCUUUUUGCUAGGCCAUGAGCUAGAUCAGCAGCUCUAUCCUAAAAGAUUUAUUGAUCUUUACGAUUUUCAGUAUAAUCAUAAAUUUUUGGACUGGAUAAAUUUUUUUCCGUUUAAUCAGAUAUUUUAUGAUGAAAACACAAAAUUUUGGCAAAUCAGAAAUAAUUAA